AGCAGCAGCAUCAACAUGUCUCGAGUUCGACGAAGGACGUCUCAGAUGUCCGGGAGUGAAUGGAUAAGGAUAUUUGCAAGUCAAGCUAUGACCUUAACAGACAAGGAUGCGAUUCUUUCAUCAACAUCGGACUUGUCUUCUCCACCAAAGAAAGAAUCAUAUCUUCUUCAGAACCCAUGGAAUACUUUCCUGGGUGAUUGCAGCGUGGUGGAUGCAUAUCUAAUGGAUAAACCCAUCUUAAGCCUCUGGUUCCCUCUACAUUAUCUUAAUGUGUUUCUCCGAGCGGUUGGCCAGCCGACUUUUGUGAACAACCCGUUUUGCGGCGCCAUCAUUUUCGCGUCCCUGUUCAUCCAAGACUAUAUUGUCGGAUUAGGGUGCCUUCUUGGCGGAUCCGUUGCCACCAUUGGUGAAUUGAUCUUACGUUUGCAACCUUUCGACUUGCUUCGCAAUGGGGUGGCCGCCUUUAAUGGAGUACUUGUGGGAACGGUGAUCUCAGUCCUUUAUCCGGGAUUCUACCAAACCUACCGAACGCCGGAAAUGUGGAUCUUUAUCGUCGUUGGAUCUCUCCUUAGCAUUUUUGUUUGCAGCGCAUUUGGCAACUUUUUGGGUCGUUUCAACUUGCCUUAUUUGGCCUUGCCUUUCAACAUGAUCAUUGUGUGCAGUUUCCUGACCAUUCAGCCGCCUUUGGACGUGGAUGCUCUCGUGGGCGAUGAGAAUGGCAGUUAUCUGACCAUGACUGGCCAGGAUAAUCUCCCUGUCACCACAACAAUGUCUCCGAGCGAUGAUUUCGGCCACCACCUGGCGAAUGGUUCCUCAGCUUUCGAAGCAAUCACCAACUCAUCGGAAAAUCGGGCCCAAAUCAACCAAGUCGACUGGAUGCAGGUUGGAAGAGGUGCCCUAGUCUCAAUGUCCCAAGUCUACGCAGUGGAUCAUGUCUCCACCUCUAUCGUGAUGAACAUCGCCACUGCCUUGGCCUCUCCGUUGCUAUUUGUCAUGUGCAGCAUUGGAGCUAUCAUUGGCACUUUUCUGGCCGCGGUUAUGUUCCCCAUUGAGGUGAUUGAGGCCGAGGUCUACACUGGAGUUUGGGGCUACAAUGCGCUCCUGACCAUGGCAGCCUUGAGUUGCGUCUUCUUCUCCUUUAAUCACAUGUCGUUCCUCCUGGGGGUUAUGGCCACCCUGGCUAAUGUUGUGGUUCAGUGUGCCUUGAAACGGAACAUGACGGAGACGAACAAUAUACCCGUAUUUACUGUCCCAAUGACCCUGGUCACCCUGGUGUUUCUUCUGACCACAGAUGUACGAGGGGUGUUACAUCGAGUGGUGGAUCCCAGUUAUCCCGAGAAACAAUCUUACCAAUGGUUUCGAGAGUCACGACAAAUUCCUCAAUCCAUAGCAUAGUCAUGUAUUAAUAAAAGAUAUGUCGAGAAAAAAGGGGACAAAA